AAUCCAGGCCGAUGGACGAGUGGCGCGCCGUCGCCAUCGACACGCUCGCCGGCUGGGCCGCGGGCGUCGUGUGCACGGUGGCCUUCCAGCCCGUGGACACGGUGCUCACGCGCCAGCAGUACGAGGUGCGCGCCGCGGGCGCGGCGAGCGUCGUGCUGCGCCAGGGCGGCCUCUGGCGGGGCACGGCGCCGCUCCUCGCGCUCGUGCCGCUCCAGAACGCGCUGUUGAUGGUCGGCUACGGCGCGGGCGAGCGCUGGGGCCGGGGCCUCGGGUCCGCCGCGGCGGAGCCGGCCGCGGCGCCGGCGCCGGCCGCGGUCUUCGCGGGCGGCUGCGCCGGCGGCCUCGCGCAGUCCUUCGUCGCGUCGCCCCUCGAGCUCGCCAAGGUGCGGCGCCAGCUCUGGCAGCCCGCGCCGCCCGUGGGCGCGGCGUUCCGGGGCCUCUCGGCGACGUUCUAUCGGGACGUCGUGCCGCACGGCGUCUGGUUCCUCGCGUACGCGGACGCGAAGGCGCGCCUCGAGGCGAGCCGGGGCGCCGACGACGCCACGGUGCCCGUCGUCGCGGGCGCCUGGGCCGCGACGGUGGCCUGGGUCGUGGGCUACCCCUUCGACCUGCUGAAGACGCGGAUCCAGGGCUCGCCGACGCCGCUCUCGCUGACGGGCGCCGCGCGGGACCUGCUCCGGCGCGAGGCCGCGCCGGGCGCCGUCAGCGCCGUCGCCGUCCUCUACCGGGGCCUCGGGCUCAAGCUCCUCCGCGCCGUGCCGUCGUCGGGCCUCAACUUCUUCGCCUACGAGUCCGCGAAGCGCGAGCUCGAGGCGCGAUGGGCCGUCUAAAUUUCUAGCGUCGUUCUCGAGCCCGACGCUGAGACUCGUCGCCCGC